CUGACGAUCAAUUUAAACUGUUCAAGACAUAUUAUUUGUGUAAUUCAUUAAUACCGGUAUUAUUACAGUUAAUAAGUACCCUACUACUAUUACUACUGUUCACAAAUAAAAGUGUGCCGGGACAGCAAUAAAAUAUCGACAAUUUCGACAAUAUAUUGCGAAAUGUUUGGUCUUAUAAUUGUCUUAAUACUGAUCGCACUCUUCGUUUGGUUCUUCGCAAGACUUGAUUCCGAUAUCCAACUGGUAUUGUCUGAAAAGUUUGGGCACUCCAUCAGUGAACUCAGAGGUAAAGUGGUAUGGAUUACCGGUGCCUCGAGCGGUAUUGGGGAGGCCUUAUCGUAUGAAUUGGCCGCCAAUGGAGUCAAACUCGUCAUCUCCGGUACCAAUGGGUCCAGACUUGAAGAAGUGAAGAGACAAUGUCUCCUUAGUGGUCAACUGCAAGAGGAGGACGUCCUGAUCCUCAGCUUUGAUAUCAGAGACUAUUCCGUACAUCAAAUGCAAUUCAAUUCAGUCAUCAAACACUUUAAAAGACUCGACAUUCUUGUGUCGAACGCCGGUCGCAGUCAAAGGGCUGCCUUCGAAGAGAUUGACAUCGAAGUCGACAAAGAGAUGUUUGAAAUCAAUGUCUUUGGACUCAUAAAUCUGACGCGAAUUGUUUUGAAAUAUUUCCUACAAAACAAAAUUAAAGGGCAUUUUGUGGUCACUUCAAGCACUGCCGGAAAAUUAGGUGUUCCCAACUCUGCCUCUUACACGGCAUCCAAACAUGCAUUACAUGGUUACUACGAGUGUCUGCGAACCGAAGCCCAGGCGAAGGGUAUAUCGAUCACAAUGUUAUGUCCCGGACCUGUCUUCUCGCGGAUUCUCGAGAACGCAAUGUCCGGCAAAAAGGACGGACAGCACUCAGUGGUCACACACAGUAAGGAUAACAAGCGGUUGGACACAAAUCGUUGCGCUCACCUCAUGGCCACAGCCAUCGUCAACUCUUUGGAUGAAACAGAGGUGUGGAGCGAGUGGUUGAGACACUGGACCUACUGUUUGGCGGUGUAUUGUGUGGUGUUAGGCGUCACUCUAUCGCCGACACAAUGUCUGAGAUUUCAUUUGCAACCAAACACUAAGCGGUGCCUCAAAGAGGAGAUGCGCAAAGACGUGUUGGUGACGGGCGAGUACGAGCUCUCACCGGCUCCGGGACAGCGCACCGACCUCGCGGUGACGGACUCCAAGGGUCACACGGCCUUCGCCCGCGAGAACCUCGACAGAGGCAAGUUCGCCGUCACCUCAGACGAGGACGACAUCUUCGACUUCUGCUUCGUCUCAUACCUCCAGACCGGACACCAGACCGGACCCGAACGCGAAGUCCAUCUCGAGAUGAAACACGGCGUCGAAGCCAAGAGUUACGAAGAGUUGGCAAACGUCGGUAAACUGAAGCCUUUGGAGAUGGAGUUAACUAAACUGGAAGACCUCUCGUCGUCUAUCGUUCAGGACUUCGAGUACAUGAAGAAGAGAGAGGAAGAGAUGAGAGACACAAAUGAGUCGACUAACAAUCGCGUGCUAUAUCUGAGCAUAUUCUCGAUGUUGUGUCUGUUAGGUCUGGCCACUUGGCAGGUCCUAUACUUACGGCGCUUUUUCAAAGCAAAGAAACUCAUUGAAUAGUUUUAUACCAUUUGUAGAGAAAUUUAAGUUAACUAUGAUUUAGCCGAAACUCAAUUCAAACCUCGAGUCCAUUUGUAAUUUUUUGUCUAAAAGUCUUCAAUAAAUGUUUUUUUAAAUAAUACCGUAAA